UUGACAACUGAUACAAUCAUAACCUUAAUGUUUGUUUGGAUGUGAUUAAUUUGUGAAAAGCAAUUGUGUAAAGAUUUUUAUUGCAUUUUAGCUAGAAUUUUCGAAACUCAAAAAACAAUAUUUAUAAUGAAUCCUCCUCUUACAUUUGGUAUUCAAAGUACUGCGGGAGCAGUGCCUGUUCGCAAUGAAAAAGGGGAACUUUCUAUGCAGAAAGUAAAAGUUCACAGAUACGUGUCAGGAAAAAGACCAGAUUAUGCCCAAGAUACUUUAUCAGAUUGGGAAAGUGACGAUGAUGAUUUUUUGGAGAAAAGAAAUCAUCCCAAUGUGCACCAACCAUCCCCUGAACCUGCACUUAGUGAUGAUGAUAUGAACGAUCCCCGCUUACGGCGUCUUAAAAUAAGAGAAGCUGAAAGUGAAGAUAGGCCAGAACGAAGAAGGCACAUCCAUGAACCUGAAGUUUUAGAAGAAUCUGACGAGGAAGAACAAAUUCAUUUGCCAGAACCGAAGCAUACAUUGGAAGCACCAGAUGAAGAUGAAUCUGAAGCUGAAUUAAGUGAUAGUGAAAUAGAAAAGAAAAGAGCUCAGCUAAAAGCCCGUGUUCUCACUAAACAACAUGAGGAGGAAUUUAUGGCUAAAGAAGAGGAAAAAUCAGAUUCAGAAUCUUCAGAAAGUUCAGAAUAUGAAGAAUAUUCCGAUUCAGAAGAGGAAACAGGGCCUCGCUUAAAACCUGUUUUUGUGCGUAAAAGAGAUAGAAUAACUAUUUUAGAGAAGGAAAAAGAAGCCCAAAAACAGAAACAAUUGGAAUUGGAAGCACAAAAGCAAGCAGAAGAAAGGCGAAGACAAACUCUACGAAUGGUAGAAGAAUCAAUUAGAAAAGAGCAACAAGCCAAAAGUAAAGAAGACAAUGAACCAAAUCUUAAUGAUGUAAAUACAGAUGAUGAGAAUGAUGAACUUGAAUAUGAAGCAUGGAAGCUCAGGGAGUUAAAACGAAUAAAAAGAGACCGAGAAGAAAGGGAAGCGCAAGAGAAAGAGAGGCUAGAAAUUGAAAGAUUACGAAAUAUGACUGAAGAAGAAAGGCGACUGGAAUUGCGUCUUAAUCCUAAACAAGUUAUAAAUAAGCCUAUAAAAGGCAAAUAUAAAUUUUUACAGAAGUACUACCACAGAGGAGCUUUUUAUUUGGAUAAAGAAGAUGACGUAUAUAAACGAGACUUUUCUCAGGCAACUUUGGAAGAUCAUUUUGACAAAACAAUUCUUCCAAAGGUGAUGCAAGUUAAGAACUUUGGGAGAUCUGGUCGAACCAAAUAUACGCAUCUGGUUGACCAAGAUACAACUCAAUUUGAUUCACCUUGGGUUAGUGAAACUUCUCAGAAUUUAAAAUUUCACAAUUCACAAGCAGGCGGAAUGAAGCAACAUUUUGAUAGACCUUCACUGAAAAAGAGAAAAGUACAAUAAUAAAAUAACUUGUACAUGUACCGACAUAUUUGAUGUAUCUAUUUUUAAAUAUCUAAUUAAUACUUACGGUGUAAUGAGAAAACGCAUUGAGCAUAGCAAUGGCAAAUAAAACUAUUUAUAGAAGAACAUUUGCCAAUUUUUUAACAUAAAUAUAUUUU